AUGAAGUCGUCUCUACUGAGAUUUGUGGCCUUGGUAGCUGCUCCCGUGGCAGCAGAGAUCCAGAUCUACAAGUACGGCCUCAAUUCAACAGCAACCUUGUCUAAUGGCUGCACUGAGGCGCUUAAGGGUGCACUGAAUUGCGACCCAUAUCUGCAAUCUUUGGCCGCGAUUGACUACUAUGGGCCCAUUGGCAACAACACAUUACAGGAUGCGCUAUGUGCUGCUUCAUGUGGCUCAUCACUAUCAGAAUACCAUGAUAGUGUCCAUAAAGCGUGUGCAAAUGAUCCCCAGCCAUGGGAUGGCAUCCCAGCCUUCUGGGUAGGUGAUAUUAUCUGGGCCACCUACAAUCGCACCUGUCUGAAAGAUGAGACUAAUGGAGAAUAUUGCACCAAUGAGAUUGGGGACAUUCAGGAGUCUCUGGGAGAUGCUGACAUGCCAUUGACCUCACUCUCAAAAGACCGCUUGUGCUCUACUUGUCUUCUUGCUCUGAUUAAGCAAAUGCAGGAUACAGCCUACUCCAACUACAAUACGAAACUUGCCAUUGACUGGGCUGAGAUUCAGAAGACUUGUGGCACAGGCGCACUGCCCACUGAGGUGCAACCCCCGGCGACCAACAUGACAUCUAUUCCCGGUGUUGAUCACUCCAAUCCGGACAAUGCAACUUGUUUAUCAGAGAACUACUACACUGUGAAGUCGGGCGACAAUAUUCAAGCCAUUGCUGAGGCCCAAGGAGUCUCCACCGGAACGUUGAAGAUCCUGAACGACAUAUUUCCAGACGGGACGAACCUGCUCGUGGACCAGGUCUUGUGUCUUCCCAGGAAAUGUAAUGUCUACAAAGUACAGGAUGGUGACACCUGCUCCUCCAUUGCAUCCUCCCAGCAAAUCUCAGUGACAGACCUGCUCAAAUACAAUCCCACACUGAACAGCGCAUGCUCGAACCUCAUCAUUAACAACAAUAUUUGUAUUGGUCCAUCUGGGACGCAGUACACACCCACAACCAUUGCAGGGGCGACUGCUACCAAGACAAACCAAUACGCCACAGCGACAGUCUCUCCUGACAGUACUACUGCCGGCGGGACCACUGACAAGUGUGGAAAAUACCACAAGGUCUCUGCUGGAGACACCUGUGAGCAGAUCUCGCUCAAGUACUCAAUCAGUGUUGAUCUCUUUUUGGCCAUCAAUCCAUCAGCCGGUAAAGGGUGCUCCUUUUUGUCACCCGGUAUUGAGUACUGUGUCUUUCCCAUGCAGAAUUGGAAUGCUACAACAGGUUCGAACAUGACCACAUCAACCUACAUUACAGCACCCGGUCCAACUCCCACUGGAUCGACUUCCAAAUGCUACUCCUGGCAUACCGUUGAAGAAGGCGACGAUUGCGCGAAACUUGAGGCCAUCUAUGGAGUCUCCUUCGGUGAAUUGCGAGCUUGGAACCCUCAGAUUAACUCAAUCUGCUCUAAUCUUCUGCUUGACACCGCUUACUGUGUCAAAGGGGGGUCUAUGACAGCACCUAGCUCCACACCCGCCUCAUCAACACCCACAUUGAGCGGUGCUCCCCCAGGCCCUACUCAAUCCGGCGUCGCGGGAAAUUGCAACAGUUGGGUAAUGCAGAAAGAUGGCAUCUACUGCGCCGACAUGGCUGACAAUGCUGGAAUCACGAUCGACGAACUUUACAAGUGGAAUCCGGCCCUAAAUGGCGACUGCUCUGGGCUCUGGCCGAACUACGCAUACUGUGUGGGCGUCUCUACAUAGAAACUGGUAGCUCUACGAGGCUGCAAACCCAGUGAGUCU